AUGAAUACCGGAGAAGGAAAAACCCUUACUGCUUUUUUGCCGAUUUGUCUUAAUGCACUGCUAGGAAGAACGGUUUUUGUGAUUACGGAAAAAAAACAAUUAUAUAAUGAUUGUGCGGUUGUCUAUACUACGGGUAGUGAGUUAGGAUUUGAUUAUCUGCGAAAUAAUUUAAUAACUAAUAUUGAGGAUAAAAGAAAACAGGAUUAUUAUUAUGCAAUUGCGGAUGAAAUUGAUUCACUUUUUAUUGAUGAAUGCACCAAUCCCCUCAUUAUUUCUCAACGAGCCCAAGGGGGAAGUGUCAUUAGUCCCGCCGAAUAUCAAUUAGCCACCAAAUUAGCCAAUUCUUUGGUGGAGAAAAAAGAUUACAAGGUCGACCAAAAAGAAAAUGAUGUUUGGCUAACCCAAAAAGGAAUUAAAAAAACCAAGCAUCUUUAUCAUAAGGAUAUCGAGUACAUAGUUGACAAAGAGGAACAAAAAUUGGUGCUAAUUGAUGCUUUAACUGGCCGUUUAGUGCCGAACCGGGUAUAUAGUUCAGGUAUCCAUCAAGCCAUCGAGAGCAAAGAAAAUUUGCCAGUCAGCACUAAAAGUAAAACCAUUGCGACCAUUACCUUUCAAAACUUUUUCCGCCUCUUUGAUAAAUUGUCGGGAAUGACUGGAACCGCGACGAGCGAAGCGGAUGAAUUUCGGCAAGUAUAUGGUAUGGAAGUUAUUGCUAUCCCCCCUUACCGGAAAUUAAUCCGUAAAGACCGCAACGACUUAAUUUUCUGGGACAAAGAGAGUAAAUACAAAGCGAUUAUUAAAUUAAUUAAAAAAAACAGCCAGACCAAAAAAAGACCAGUUUUGAUUGGCUCGCCUAGUGUGGAAAUUUCUGAAUAUCUUUCUUCAUUACUAGUUAAAGAAGGCAUUCCCCACAACAAAUUAAAUGCGGUCAACCAUCAGCAAGAAGCGGAAAUUGUCGCCCAAGCCGGGCAAUUAGGAACCAUUACUAUUUCCACCAACAUGGCCGGACGAGGCACGGAUAUCGUCUUGAGCGAGGAAAGCCGAAAAGCAGGGGGGUUAUUGGUGAUUGGAGUGGAAAGAAAUACCGCCCGGCGAAUUGAUAAUCAAUUGCGCGGUCGGAGUGGACGACAAGGAGACCCCGGUGAAAGCCGUUUUUAUGUUUCCUUAGAGGAUGAGUUAAUUAAGAACUUCGGAGUUAAAGAGCAAGUGGGGAAAAUUUUUAGCCAAAAGCAACUCAAAGAACUUUUUCAUCGCCCGUUGAGUGGAAAAAUAUUUAAUUAUCUCAUUUCCGAACCCCAAGAAACUUUACGGAAUUUCCACGCUCAUAAUCGACAAUAUCACCUUAAUUAUGACCUGCUUAUUAAUCGCCAAAGACAACUUAUUUAUAAUUACCGCAACAAGUUAUUAAGUGCUGCUGACCUAACCAAAAUAAUUAAGAAAAAAACCAAGAAAGCAAAAGGAGAACUUAUUCCGAUCGAGCCAGAAUAUUUAAAAGCCCGUUUGGUGAAAGAAAUCGACAAUUUUUGGUCGGAAUAUUUGGAGUCUUUAAAUAAAAUUCGCACUUUGGCUAAUGUCAAAUACUAUCUACCCCAAGAACCCCAAGAGGCCUUUUUUUGA